GCAAUAAUAAGAUUACUUCAAAUCUUGAUCCUCCAAUGAAUCAUCAACUUCAAGUAUCAAAUGAAAAUGAAGAUAAAUCAUCAUCACAACAAGAAGAUGAUGAUGAUGAAAAUAAAGAUGAAUUUUUUCAUGAAAUCCUCCAAAGUGAUUACCAACAUUUGCAACAAUGGCCUACUUAUUUCACUCCCCCUAGUGCAACUUUAGUCCCAAAACACCAAAACAACACACAAUGUCCAAGUCACAAAGAGGAAACCAAGAGAGUAUCACUAAAAAGGAAGCCAAAGAGGGCCAAAAAAGAUGUUAUGGAAGUCCAUGGAAGCCGCAUUGUCCAAGCCACGGGGAGGAAAGACAGGCACAGCAAGGUUUCAACAGCCACAGGUCCGAAGGACAGGCGUGUUAGGCUCUCUCCUAACACGGCAAUUCAGUUCUAUGACGUGCAAGAUCGUCUUGGCUAUGACCGUCCUAGUAAGGCUAUCGAUUGGUUGAUUAAAGAAGCUCAAAGGGCUAUCAAUGCGCUUGAAAAAACUCCCUUUCAAGUAUUUUCCAAUAAGAUUGACUCGACAAAUAAAGCACUGAAUGUCCGAAAUGAAGAAGGCCAAUUUGCUCUUGAACAAAGUUGGUCUGUUGAUAAGAAAACGGAGUUAGAAGAGUUGGCUCGCCAUUCUUCGAAACUUAAUGCCACAAUGCAGCAUUCAGCUGAUCAAUUUCCAGAGGGAUGCUAUAAAGAACAGAGUUCAAAAGUUUGUCAAGCAAAUGCCACCAAAAUUGUGAAUUCAUCAGCAAAUGGUUCCAAGAUUCAAUCUUUUUGUGAAUUUCAGACUCACCCACAAGCCCAUUUUCACUCACAAACCAAAAGACAAUCACCAAAUGAUGCCAAGAUUCAAUCUUUUUGUGAAUACCAAACUCACCCACAAAGCCAUUUUCAGUCAGAAACCAAAAAACAGUCACCAAAUGUUGCCAAGACUCAAUCUUUUUGUGAAUUGCAGACUCACCCACAAGGCCAUUUUCACUCACAAACCAAAAAACAACCAACUAAUGAUGCCAAGAUUCAAUCUUUUUGUGAAUUGCAGACUCACCCACAAGGCCAUUUUCAGUCAGAAACCAAAAACCAAUCACCAAAUGUUGCCAAGACUCAAUCUUUUUGUGAAUUGCAGACUUACCCACAAGGCCAAUUCCACUCAGAAACUAAAAGACAAUCAGCAAAAGAUGCCAAGAUUCAAUCUUUUUGUGAAUUGCAGACAUACCCACAAGGCCAAUUCCACUCAGAAACCAAAAGACAAUCAGCAAAAGAUGCAAAGAUUCAAUCUUUUUGUGAAUUGCAGACUUACCCACAAGGCCAUUUUCAGUCAGAAACCAAAAACCAAUCAGCUCAAUUAGGCAACUUUUUCAGUUUUCAACCAUGUCAUCAAAAUGAAUCCAUCAGUUUUUCUGGUGAUCAUCAUCAUCAUGGCUUCAGCUUUUCACCACAAAAUUUCCCCACAGUUUUAGGCCAAAACCAAAUGUUCAAUUAUCUGAGGGAACCCCUUCAGUCCACUUCUACUUUUCCUCAAACUAUAUCUUAUUCCAAUAAUAUUGGAUUUGCAAAUGAUGGCUUAUUGGGACUUUGUACUACUCCAAUAACACAACAACAAGAAGAAGAUGAACAGGGUUCAAUUUCCACUACUCUUCUACAUUAUCAAGAUUAGUUUUUUCAUCAAGUCCUUUUUGGAGCUGAAAUAUUUGUAAGUUAGAUUUAUUAAUGUAUAAUUCUUAUUAUAGAAAUGAAAAAAAAAUCUUGAGCCAAGUCUUGGAGUAACAGUAAAUUUGAUUUUGUGUGACUUAUAACCUAUAGGUUACUGGUUUGAUAUGUGA